AUGAAGCUGAACAUCUCAUACCCGGCCAAUGGCUCUCAGAAGCUCCUCGAGGUCGACGAGGACCGCAAGCUUCGCGUCUUCAUGGAGCGCCGCAUGGGACAAGAAGUUCCCGCCGACAGCUUGGGCGACGAGUGGAAGGGAUACAUCUUCAAGAUCACUGGCGGUAACGACAAGCAGGGCUUUCCUAUGAAGCAGGGUGUCAUGCACCCAACCCGUGUCCGCCUCCUCCUAUCUGACGGCCACUCGUGCUACCGCCCUCGACGCACCGGUGAGCGCAAGAGAAAGUCUGUCCGUGGCUGCAUUGUCGCCAUGGACCUUGCAGUCCUCGCUCUGGCCAUUGUCAAGAAGGGCGAGAACGACAUUCCAGGUCUCACCGACGAGGACAGCGUCAAGCCGAAGCGCCUCGGACCCAAGCGCGCUACAAAGAUUAGAAGGUUCUUCGGUCUCAGCAAGGAAGACGACGUCCGUAAAUUCGUUAUCCGUCGCGAAGUCUCGAAAGAAGGCAAGCCUACCUACACCAAGGCGCCCAAGAUCCAGCGUCUCGUUACCCCUCAACGUCUCCAACACAAGCGUCACCGAAUUGCGCUCAAGCGCCGCCGUGCGGAAGCAUCCAAGGAUGCCGCUGCCGAAUACUCAAAACUCCUUCACACCCGUAUCUCCGAAGCCAAGGCCGCCAAGGAAGACGUCAAGAAGAGGAGAGCCUCCUCGGCAAAGAACAACUAG